GCUCGAGAGGACCCUCUAACGGCGAUGAUGGCAGAGGCUCCCGAUUUCCCUUUCUCGUUUUGUCUUUGCCACCACCUGCUUCUCGCCGUCAUCGCCACUCUGCUUCGCUUCUAGAUCUCCUUAUCGGUGGCUUCUCCUUUGGAGAGAAAAAGAGAGAGAGGUGCUAUAACUCAUAGCCUUCGGCGUUCCUUCUGAGGUGUUCCAACUUGGAAACCUCGAUCUGAAGAGUUAAAUCUGUUACCACUUUCUGAUUCCAGUCGACAGAGGAGAUGUCUGAAUUUCGGAUCACGGGGAGGAAUGUUCGCCCUCAGAGGAGCGAGAAUGAGUCUGAAAAUGUGGUGGAUUUGCCUCCUUUCCCGCCUAUGAGAACACCCUUUUCAGAUUAUAACCAAAACCCUAGGUCCGGCUUGGAUCAUGAGAGCACCAAACUUGGAAAGACUGGAGUCUCUGAAAUUGGAAGCAAUUUGGUGGAAAGUUUGCCGCUUGCAAACCGGGGUUCGGGUUUGAAUUUGACGCCCAGGUCAUGCCGUGGAAAACUUCAAUUUGAGCCGAAUUCAGGGCCGAACACGCCCACUCGAUGUACUGGCAGGUUAAGUACGGGUUGCUUUGCCGGUGGUGGCCGGAAUAACCCGCAAUCGGGGUCUAAAGGAGGCAUCCUCUUGAAGACAACGAGAGGAAUUUCAAGCUGCGCGCCCGCAUCCCCUGGGGUGGAGGUCCCACACUUUGCCCUGGAGGAAGAUGGGUCUUUCUGGACGGAUCACAAUGUGCAGGUACUACUACGAAUUCGUCCCAUCAGUAAAAUGGAGAAGGAAUUGCAUGGAAAUAGUAGAUGCUUAAAACAGGAAAAUGCACACACUGUGACUUGGCUUGGAAAUCCUGAUACCCGAUUUACAUUUGACCAUAUUGCUGGCGAGACCAUCAUUCAGGAUAUGCUUUUCAAGGUGGCAGGCUUGCCAAUGGUUGAGAACUGCAUGUCAGGUUAUAAUAGUUGCAUGUUUGCCUAUGGGCAGACGGGCAGUGGGAAGACAUAUACCAUGAUGGGUGAAUUAUAUGAUGCCAAUGAUGAGCUUAGUGAAGACCGUGGAAUGACACCUCGAAUUUUUGAGUACUUAUUUGCAAGGACAAAAUUGGAGGAAUCUAGCAGGAAAGAUGAAAAAUUGAAAUACAGUUGCAAAUGUUCCUUCCUUGAGAUAUACAAUGAACAAAUAACUGACCUCCUGGAGCCAUCAUCAACUAAUUUGCAACUGAGGGAGGACCUGAAGAAGGGCGUCUAUGUUGAAAACCUGAGAGAGCUUGAGGUGGAAACUGUGAAGGAUGUUCUCGACCUUCUUUUCCAGGGUACAGCCAAUAGAAAAGUGGCAGCCACAAGUAUGAACAGUGAGAGCAGCCGGUCUCACAGUGUCUUUACAUGUGUAAUCGAGAGCCGAUGGGAAAAGGAUGGAAUGACACAUUUUCGCUUUGCAAGGUUGAAUCUUGUGGAUUUGGCAGGUUCAGAGAGACAGAAGAGUUCAGGUGCUGAUGGGGAACGCUUGAGGGAGGCUGCAAACAUCAAUAAGUCCCUAUCAACUCUGGGCUUGGUGAUAAUGACUCUAGUAGAUGUAGCACAUGGAAAGCACCGCCAUGUUCCAUACAGAGACUCUAGGCUCACCUUUCUUCUUCAGGACUCUCUUGGUGGGAACUCAAAGACCACAAUUAUUGCAAAUGUCAGUCCAUCUAUCAGCUGUGCACAUGAAACUUUAAGUACUCUGAAGUUUGCACAGCGAGCCAAACUUAUCCAAAACAAUGCCAAAGUAAAUGAGGAUGCUUCAGGUGAUGUUGUGGCAUUGCAACGUCAAAUACAAGAACUGAAGGACCAACUAAGUUUCCUUGAACAUCAAAACAUAAGGAGACCCCUUUCAUUCCAUUCUUCAAGCUUUUGUUACGAAAAGCUCAAUGGUUUCCUGAAAUCUUGUGGCAUUUCUCAUGGAGAUCCAAUAUCUGAGGUCACACCUAUAAAUGAUGGUAGUUCUUUGGGGAUACACAUCUCAAACAAAAAGUUGAAACAGUUAGAAGCUAUGCUGGUUGGUUCCUUAAGGAGAGAGAAAAUGGCUGAAACAACUGUCAUGCAGUUAAAGGCUGAAAUGGAACAGAUGAACCGCCUGUGCAACGAAAGAGAGGAGGAUAGUCAGCGGAUGAAAGCCACUAUCAGGCAUAGAGAUGAAAAAAUCAGGAGACUGGAAUUGCUUGCAGAUAGCUUACAGCCAGCAGAUGAGUUCCUUAUGGAGGAAAAUAUUGCACUAAGGCAGGAGAUUCAGUUCUUGCAAGCCAAGAUAGACAGAAAUCCUGAACUCACUCAAUUUGCACUGGAAAAUAUACGACUUCUUGAGCAGCUACGCAUGCUUCAAGAUUUCUAUGAAAAAGGGGAAAAGGAAAUUCUGUUAGCUGAAGUGUCAGAAUUGCGCAACCAGCUUCUUGAUGUCUUUGAUAAGAGAGAUGGGCAGGCCAGAGAUAUGCCAAAUGACAGGAAGGACAUGGAUCAAUCCAUUGCUUCCCAAGAGAAAGAGUCUUUAAGGCUCAAGGUUCUGAACGCAGUGGAAGAGCUUGAGGACAUCAAGAAGAGUAUUUCUGCUGCAUUUAAAGCCAACACAAGAUUAGCAAGAGAAGUUGAUGAACUGUUUGUCGAAGUGAAGGAAAGUUUGAACAGCACGGAACCUGCCACUGAGGCUAAUCCCAUAUCCAGAGCAUCAGAUAAAGACAAGAUAGGGGUAGAUUGCAAUGAUUGGAAGCAGAUUAGAGAGAAAUAUAUGGAGAUGGAGAAAACCUCACAAACAACAAAUAUUUGCAAAGAAAAUAUGUCACACAAGAAUGAUCGGGACUGCAAGGUCAUGGCAUCAUCCUUGGAGCUUGAAGAACUAUUAAAUGCUAAAGAAGAAGCAUGGUCCUUACUCGAAACUCUGGAAGCACAACAAGUUCAUUUAGUCAAUGAACUGGCUGACCUCAGAGAGGAGAAUAGCAGAAAUUUAGGCACUUCAUCAGUAACCGAAUGCAAAGACAUGUUCUCUUUGCUGCCACCUAUGACUUUCCCUCAACAGGUGGAAGUAUGUAGUGAAACAUUUGGGCCAAUUUCCAAAAAUGAUACUGUCAGGUCUGAAAGCAAGCAGAAUUUAAUAUCGCCAGUAAACAUUGAAAACAUGAAUAUGAUUUUUGAAGACAUUGAGAAGCAAAGCCAUCAAUCUAGUCUAGCUUCACAGCCAUCAGAUCUGCAUGAGAUGGGAGAUGUUUGCGAAAGACUUCAGGAGGCAGACCAAAUGGUCCUAAAUCUACAAGCACAGAUUACUGUGUUGCAGCACGAAAUUGACAAGAAAAGUGAUAGUGAAACAAUUUCAAGGAAAAAAUUAAUGCUCUUGAGGACUGAAAAUGAAGAGCUGCAGAACAAAUUAAGCCUCAUUAUCCAAGAAAAUACAAGAUUGACAAAAGUGCUGGAAGAUAAAGAGGAAAAGUUCACAGCAUUAGCUGAGUCGGAGAAAGAAGCUGACAGUCUAAUAAACUCUCUGAUGGAUGGCUGUCAUGCUCUUGAAGAUGCUUCUGGUCAGGUUAGUAGCAUCCUUGAUUUGUUUCCAGAAAGAAAAAUUGGUGAGGAUGAACAAGUUACUGGAGCCAUUAUGGCAGCACAUGAAAAAGAGAAAGUAAUCUUAGAUCUACAAACAAGACUGGAAAGUGCACAGAAGAUAGGAUACAGAACAAACACAGAAUUAAGUUGUCUGAAGGAAGCAAUAAUGGCGAUAACUAAUGCCCAGAUGCUGGAAAACGUUGAAAAAUGCAAGGAGGCUAUGAACUUGAGAAUGUCAUUGCAUGACAAAAUGUGCCUUGUACAUAUACUAGAGGACAAAAUCAAGCAUCAACAAGCUAAACUAGUUGAAGCAAAUAGACGUGCUAAUGCUUCAUUUGCUUUUGCUGGUUGGCUACUUAAUAUGAAUGCCUUAGAGCAGAAGAAUAAAGAAGGGGCACAUAUGCACAAACCUAUGAUGGACACCUUACAUGAAAGAAUUUCAAAGUGGAACCAGAACGGUGAACUUUCUGAAGCAGUUUUAUAUAUUCAAAGCAUGCAAAGACAUACUGAGAACCUGGAGAAGGAGGUGGAGGAGCUAAAACUAGCUCUUUCGACAAAUAAUAUUGGAAUGGGUGAGGGGCAAGAGCCUAAAGCUUAUGCUGAGGAAAAAGAAAAGCACAAAUUACAAAGUAGAUCGGAAAGUCAAAAGUACUGUAUUCCCGAAGAUCUAAUUUCCUUUUCGCACCAGGAUAUUGAGAAAAGUCUGACAUCUCUAGUAUGUGAAAUCACUCACACGUUUUCUUUUGUCAGGCAAUCUGUUGAGGAUCUGUUCAGGGAUGCCUGCGAUGUCAAGGGGCUGCUCAGGGAACUUACAGAUGGUAAAUCAAGUGUCCUAUCUUUAGUGACCAUAGGUCCUCAUACAUCCUCGUGCAACGGUAAGCUGAAGGACUAUAUCAGUGUGCCACAGUUUCCUCAAACUGAUCUCACUGUGAUAAAUGAAAAAUUGAUUGAAUUCAGCGCUUCAGUUGAGAAACUUUGUUGCAAAUUGUUACCUUCAGAAACACUAGCAGAUUCAGGGAAGCAAGCUGGGAUUGAAACAAAUUGCUGGCCAACUGUGGACAAGUCUGCUAAGGUGGCUCCAGUUACAACUGUCUCAAGCAUAGAACCUCAUGCAUUAAAAUCUGCCAAAAAUUCAAGAGAUAAGCUUAUGCAAAUUAGUUUUGCUGUGGAGAAGGACAAUGUUGAAUUGUUAACCCAGCCACCCUAUACUUCAUGUUCAUCAACAAUAGAAAGUCUUAGCUUGAUACCUCAAAUAGAAGGCUUUCAUAGCAACCACAGCAACGAUGAAUUUAAUUUAAAAAAUGUCUGUCACAACUGUCAGAAUGCAGUGGAAAUAAAGAAGGAGUUUGAGUCAACUUUAAUCAAACUGAGGGAACUGCUACCGUUAUUCAAGAUGCCAUACAAUGAGAAAACCAGAACACAGUAUAUUGAGCUGUAUGGAAGCAAAGAUGGCAACAUUGACAGCAUUGGGAAUCAGCACACAGGAGGAAGCAAUAUAAAACAGACUGAGCAUCGUUUCCUUGAAGCUGAGGAUUUCGUGCUUAAUUCUAAGCAGAGGAUGGGAGGGAAGGAUGUCUUUUGUCGUCAGAAUAGUGAGCUGCCAAUUCUUGAGUCAGGCCAUGCUGCAUCCUUCGCAGCUGAGAGAAGCAAUGAGGCCCAAUCUCUACUUAUGAAAUUUGGGGAAGCACAAGAAACCAUGAAAGAGGCAGAUGAUGUGCUCAAUGCAUUGUUAGAUGCCUAUGAAGCUGCUAAGCAUGAGACUGUAAGGUGGAAGAAACUUGGGGAAGAUUUGAUGGUGGAGAAGGCUGCCCUGAUUCAGCAAGUUCAAGAACUAAAAGAUUCCAUACAGCUGAAAGAGCAAGAGUAUGCAAACAUAGAGGAUCAUUUUCAAACGUUCAUGUCUGAAGCUAAUGAUUCACUUUCAUUAUUUGAAAAUUUUUUCAUCCACAUUAAGAAAAGCUCUAGUGAGUUUAGUCUUAUUCAUUCUGAUGUUUCUACAUUCAUUCAGAAGUUGCUAGUUUCCAUUAGAAUGUUAAACUCAUCUACAGAAAGCGUUUCUUUGAUGAUACUGGAAAAUAAAUUUGCAUUAUCCACGAUAAAUCAUUGUCUGUUGGACUUCACCUUGCAAAAUACUUCAUUGACUACUGCAGAUUCAGACUGCUUUUAUCUUAGACAUUCUGAGGUCAAUGGAUUAGCAGACAGUUUUGGGGAAACAAGUAUGCCUACAGUGAAGGAUAAUAGGAAAAUUGAGGUCAUAAAUGACACAGGGAAGGGAGUUAAAAGGGGAUGUUCAGAGUCAAAACUUCAUGUGUCAGAGUGUAUGGGUGGGAUGGAUAUGGCUGAACAUGUUCAGAGUUCCUCUAACAGGGAGGAUACUGAAGUCGAUGUCAUUUUUUCAUCCAAAAGGCUAAGCUUGGAAAAUGCAGUAGAACAUGAAAAUGGCAUGGCAGCCUUACUUAAAGAUGUUCGGUUGAUGCAGGAUAUCAUCAACCACUUGUUUAUAUACCUGGACAGAAUUGGUCCAUGCGUAGACUUGUUGGAGAAUGUUUCAGCCAAUGAAAAGCUGGCAGGUGAUGGUGUAAAGGAAAAAUUGCUCAAAACUAACAGUGUAUCAGCAGAGUUCGCUCGCUAUAAUACCAGGAAUGAUGUGAAAGAAUUCCAUGAAGUGGAUCGAAGCUCCUCAAGGGCAAAUGAUAGAUCAGUUGAAUGCCAGGCUGGUCUAACACUAGAAGAGGCACCAUUUCUGGUGGAUUUCCAAAGUCUUAAGAAUCAAUGUGCUGACUUGCUGGUAAUGCUUUGUGGAAGGAGUGAAGAUGGACAUACUUGUCCAUGGUGGAGAAGUUCAACAGCAAAGCAGGGCCAAGAAAAUGAUGGUUUAUCUACAAAAAGAGUAUCUGCGUUUUCAAAUUCCCCUAUAAGUUCAGAAUUAUGUGUCCCCAUAGUUCGAGGACUGAUCAACCUUGGGGAUAAGCUAAAUCAUUUAGCAGAUAGCAUAAACCCUACAAAACCUAAUGGUUCUAAUCUCGAUGUGACAAGCCAUAAAGUUGAAAAGCUAUUUCAAGAUAUAUGCAACAUCGAGAGAAAAAUGAACACUUAUCAUGCAAAAAUAUCUGAGUUAGACAAGCAAACAACUUGCCUACUUCCAGAGAACUUAUUGUUAUCCAAGGGACUGAACCGUAGAGAUUUGGUCAUGGAAGGUCUUCUCUUCGAUCUCAAGUUAUUACAGGAGUCAAAGUCAGAUGCAAAGGAUAGAAAAGAUGAAGCUGAAGAAAUGUCAGAAACACUGAGAAAAACCCGAAAUGAUCUGGCAAUAAAAGCUGCUAACAUUGAUGGCAUUCUUGCUCGACAACAGAAGAUUGAAGAAUAUCUCACUGAUAAAGAAACUGCAGUGGCUUACUUGCAAUCUGAACUUGCUGACAAGCAAGAAGCUUUGGAGCUGAUGUCAAGAGAAAAUGCUGAGCUAAGAAUUCUCCUGGAUGACUUAUAUGUGAAGAAACAUGAUUUCGAGGAGCAACUGGUGGAACAACAGGAGGUCAUUGAAAGCCUGAAGAAGGAAAUUGUUCACAUUUCUUCUACUGUUGAGCAAAAAAUUGUAAGUUCACUUAAAGUUGCAGAGGAUGAAUUGCAUAAAGUCAUUACUGAGAGGGAUUCACUCCAUGCGGAACUUGCUGCCAUCAGUGGUCAGCUGGAGACAGCUCUUUCUUUGGCUGAUGAAAAUGAAGCUAUGGCUAUUGAAGCACAGCAGGUAUCUGAAGCUAGUAAAAUCCAUGCUGAGCAAAAGGAAGAAGAGGCAAGAGUUCUUGAGCAGUCAGUUGAGGAACUUGAACAUACCAUAAACAUGUUAGAGACGAAGGUAUAUGAAAUGAGCAAGGAGGUAGAGAUACAGAAGUUAGUCCGAGAAGAGCUUGAACUUGAGUUGCAAGAUCUUAAGUUGAGGGUACUGAAAACUCAAAAUGAUCCAGGAAGCUUCGAUUGUAAGAGUUCAGCAUAUCAUGAAGAAGGAAAGGACAAUAUUAUCUCAAGGUACUUGGAAGAAAGAAGAAACGAGCUUAUGGAGGCAAAACGGUAUAUACGCAUGCUUCAGAACGAAAAAGAGGAUCAAGCAGAACAGAUAGCGAAAUACCAGGCUUACAUUUCUGAGCUUGUCCUGCACUCAGAAGCCCAGGCAUCCCAGUUCCAAGAGAAGUAUAAGGCUCUGGAGGCCAUGGCUUGUGACGCCCAACAUCGGGCUCCUAUGGCAGCUUCAGCAGCAAAAAGAACAGAAAAAACUCCAGUUAGGACAAGAGCCUCGGGUUCGCCGUUCAAAUGCAUCACGGGCCUUGUUAAUCAGAUGCAUUCUGACAGGGAACAUGAGUUACACGUGGCUAGACGUCGUAUGGAAGAACUAGAAUCCUUGGCUGCUAAUCGGCAAAAGGAGGUCUGCUCCCUGAACGCCAGGCUAGCCGUCGCAGAGAGUAUGACUCAUGAUGUAAUCAGGGACCUGCUUGGUGUCAAAUUAGACUUGUCUACCUAUGCCAGCCUGCUUGAUCAACAAGUGGUACAAAAGCUAGCAGAGACGGCGCAAAGACAAAGAGAAGAAAAUAGAUCGAAGGAAGAUGAAAUCCUGAUGCUGAGAGGGCAGCUGGAUGAUUUCAUGGAGGAAAGAGAACGGUUGAUCGAAGAGAACAAUCAGAAAAAGUCUGAAGUUUUAGAUUCGCAAGUGAAACUGGAACAGCUUAAACAUAGGCAGCAACUGCUGACUGCUCAGAACGAGUUGCUGCAGAUGGAUAAGCAAAAUUUGAAGAAGAAGGUCGAAGAGUUGGAUGAGGCUGUAAAGAGCUUCUCAAGUUCUCACGAAAUCCAACAGUCGGUUCAUCAUCAUUCAAAAUACAAGGAGAACCGACAACCGAGGGUCUGCAACGAUGAACUCGACAAGAGGCUGAAAAAUUCCGAAAAGAUUCUUUCUCAUGUCAAAGACGAACUUGCUCAUUAUCGCAUUGGCCGCGGCGGAAAAGCUCCUGCGUUUGGCGUUGAGCUGCUGAAGAGGACGUAAAAAAGCCACCCAGAGGUGAUGUGCUUUGUACCCGAGCAUAGAGACGUCUGGUCUCCUCUUUCGACGCAGCAACCAUUGAAGACCUGGGUUUGAAUAAUCCAGAGAACAAAGAAGGGGAUCAGCUGUCCUCGAUUAUUUUGCAAUUAAUGUACAUGGUUAGUUGGUGUUUUUUUUGGUUUUUUCGUUCUCCUCCUGUAAUAUGGUCAUUCUUCUUCUUUCUUUUGGUCGUGUUUGACCCUUUACUGUCGAUGGAUCAAUUGUUGUCACAAUCAGAAUAGUCAUGAAGCAUGACUUUCACUCA